AUCCCGCACUCUCCACUCCACACACUCCGCAAUGGCUUGCACACGCGCUUUCAGUCGUCUGGCUACGAGGCGGACAGCCGUACGGCCCGCCGUCUUCUUCUCUCGUGGCUUCGCCUCCGUGAACGACGUCCACGCUCGCGAGCCCAUCUCCAAGGUCGCCGAAAAGAUCGUGCCCGCCCCUGCUACAUCAACUAUUCCAGAGAGCAAGACCUCGACCAUCAAAGAGCCCGAACCUACCAAGGAUGCAAGGAACAAAACGUUCCACAUCUACCGCUGGAGUCCAGAUGAGCCGUCCUCGAAGCCUAGAAUGCAAUCUUAUACCCUCGAUUUGAACAAGACUGGGCCCAUGAUGCUGGAUGCGCUCAUCAGGAUCAAAAAUGAAAUUGACCCGACUUUGACAUUUAGACGGAGUUGUCGCGAGGGAAUUUGCGGAAGCUGUGCCAUGAACAUCGACGGUGUAAACACCCUGGCUUGCUUAUGCCGUAUUCCCACAGAGACAGCCAAGGAAUCGCGCAUCUAUCCUCUCCCCCACAUGUACAUUGUCAAAGACCUCGUUCCCGACAUGACGCUCUUCUACAAGCAAUACCGCUCCGUUAAGCCCUACCUUCAGCGCGACACACCCGCGCCUGACGGCCGUGAAUACCGCCAAUCCAAGGAAGAUCGCAAGAAGCUCGACGGUCUUUACGAAUGCAUUCUCUGCGCCUGCUGCUCGACUUCCUGUCCAUCAUACUGGUGGAACCAGGAAGAAUACCUCGGUCCUGCUGUUCUCCUCCAGUCAUACCGCUGGAUCGCCGAUUCGCGAGACGAAAGGCGGGCCGAGCGCCAGGAUGCUUUGAACAACAGCAUGAGCCUGUACCGAUGCCAUACUAUUCUCAAUUGCUCAAGGACAUGCCCGAAGGGCCUGAAUCCAGCGCUAGCUAUUGCAGAGAUCAAGAAGGGCAUGGCGUUUGCGUAAAGCAAUAGGAAAAUUUAAAGGAGCGAGAGGUGGAGGCUGAUACCAGGUUAGCAUUCAAUGUAUGUACAUGUGACUGCGAUUGAUAGCUAUUUUUCACUUAGUUAGGAUUGUACUUUUUUGAAGAUGUGUACGCGAAUAAAUAAAGCGAAUCUUUACAUGUUACUUCCAACAUCUGCAAUGUGUAUCAAAUGCAAUCCAACAUAAGUUGCAGGUUCCUUCCAAGGCAUUGCUGUGUAGUGUUUUCAUCCUGACACUUAAGAAACAACUGCAAACCAAAGCAGAGGCAUCAAAUAAAGCAUGAAACAACUCUUACAAACGUGCACCAACAAUGAUGAACCUACGUCCAACACCCAACAUCCUAAUCUCUGUUCAGG